AUGACGCUCACCUUCAGUGACACAAGCGAGAUAGAACUUCUGUACAAGGGGACGGAACAGACCUGUACUCGAUGCGCGACAUCGACACCCGCACGGAGAGACGCCCGGGCAGACGCCGACCUCCGUGCCGCCUGCAUGAAGGGGAACCUGGCGGAGGUGAAGCGGAUCCUGGACACAAGUCGGAUUGACGUCAACAGUAGAGAUGUGUUCGGGAGGACACCGGUGAUGUGGGCAGCACUGAGGGGACACAGAGAUGGGGUGGAGCUCCUUGUUAGGCGAGGUGCUGAUGUGUCACUGGUGACUAAUGACGGUGACAACAUCCUUCACUGGGCCUGUGUGGGAGGAGACAGGAAGACAGUGGAGUUUGUACUGUUUCUGGACGGGGUGGACAUCGACGCCACGAACAACAACGGGGAUACAGCGGCCGACGUGGCGAGAGGCAAGGGACAUCAUCAACUGUUCAUCAUCGUGGUACACAGUGGAGUUAAUGUGUAG